GGGCACUUCUACGUUCGCCUUCACGCUCCGGAAGCGCUUGCCGGCUCAGGCAGGAAGUGAACUCGGAACUGUGGCCGGCGUGACUUUGAGCGAGGAGUACUGGCGAGAGCUCAGCUCCGCAUCAUGUUAAGGAGCCGGCGGAUUUGGGGCUUGGCGUUGCCCCGGAGACAGCUGCUUUUGAAUGGUUGCCGAUGGUGUUCCUCAGGAAUCAUUCCCAAUGAGAAGAUCCGCAACAUUGGAAUUUCAGCACACAUUGACUCUGGAAAGACUACAUUAACCGAGCGCAUUCUGUUCUACACGGGCAGGAUUUCUCAAAUGCACGAGGUAAAAGGGAAAGAUGGAGUCGGUGCUGUCAUGGAUUCAAUGGAAUUGGAACGGCAGCGUGGCAUCACAAUUCAGUCUGCUGCAACUUACACUCUCUGGAAAGACACAAAUAUUAACAUUAUUGACACACCAGGCCACGUUGAUUUCACUAUAGAAGUAGAAAGGUCCCUGAGAGUUCUGGAUGGAGCCAUCCUUGUGCUGUGUGCCGUUGGCGGGGUUCAGUGCCAGACGAUGACUGUGAAUAGGCAGAUGAAGCGAUACCACGUCCCUUUUCUGACCUUCAUCAACAAACUGGAUAGAAUGGGCUCGAGUCCAAACAGAGCUCUGCAACAACUCAGAUCCAAAUUAAAUCAGAAUGCUGCAUUUAUUCAGAUCCCAAUGGGACUGGAGGGGAAUUUCCGAGGGGUCAUUGAUCUUAUUGAAGAAAAAGCCAUAUAUUUUGAAGGUGACUUUGGCCAAAUGGUUAAAUACGGCGAAAUUCCUCCCGAGUUCAGAGCUGAGUCUGCAGACCGGCGUCAAGAACUGAUUGAGUCUGUUGCAAAUUCUGAUGAACUACUUGGAGAGCUUUUUCUUGAAGAGAAGGUCCCAACAGUGACUGAUCUGAAGCUUGCAGUUAGAAGAGCAACACUGAGUAAAACGUUCACGCCUGUGCUGGUGGGAAGUGCCCUCAAGAACAAGGGGGUGCAGCCUCUGCUGGAUGCUGUUCUGGAGUAUCUCCCAAAUCCAUCAGAAGUCCAAAACUAUGCUGUUCUCAACAAAGAGAAUUCUCAGGAACAAUCCAAGCUCUUGCUGGGUUCUGCCAGAGACGACUCUCUGCCUUUUUUGGGCUUGGCAUUUAAACUUGAGGCAGGACGAUUUGGACAGCUCACAUAUGUUCGCGUGUACCAGGGAAUGUUAAAGAAAAGUGAUUACAUCUACAACACCCGGACUGGGAAAAAAGUGCGAGUGCAGAGACUUGUCCGCUUGCAUGCAGACAUGAUGGAGGAUGUGGAUGUAGUUUAUGCAGGAGAUAUCUGUGCAUUGUUUGGCGUCGACUGUGCAAGUGGGGAUACAUUCUCUGAAAAAUCCAACUCUGAUCUUUCCAUGGAAUCUAUUCAUGUCCCUGAUCCUGUCAUCUCUGUAGCAAUGAAGCCAUCCAACAAGAAUGAUUUGGAUAAGUUUUCAAAAGGCAUUAACCGGUUCACCAGAGAAGAUCCUACUUUCAGAGUUCAUUUUGACAACGAGAGCAAGGAGACCAUAGUUUCAGGAAUGGGAGAACUGCAUCUGGAGAUCUAUGCUCAGAGAAUGGAAAGAGAAUAUGGCUGUCCUUGUGUUAUGGGAAAGCCCAAAGUAGCCUUCAGAGAGUGCAUUGUGGCACCGGUACCGUUUGACUUCACUCAUAAAAAGCAGAGUGGUGGGGCUGGCCAGUAUGGUAAAGUGAUAGGAGUUCUAGAACCCCUGGAGCCAGAGAACAACACCAGACUAGAAUUCAGUGACAGAACUGUUGGAACCAAUGUCCCAAAACAGUUUGUGCCAGCCGUUGAAAAGGGAUUCCGUGACGCAUGUGAGAAAGGUCCCUUGUCAGGUCACAAGAUUUCCGGAAUACGGUUCGUCCUGGAGGAUGGUGCGAAUCACAUGGUGGACUCAAAUGAAAUCUCUUUUAUCCGGGCCGCUGAAGGUGCCGUGAGACAAGCUAUGGCAGAUGCAACGGUGUGUAUUCUUGAGCCCAUCAUGUCCGUGGAAGUUGUAGCACCUAAUGAAUUCCAAGGAGCGGUGGUGGCAGGAAUCAACCGCCGCCAGGGCAUCAUCACAGGGCAAGAUGGCGCUGAGGGCUACUUCACCAUCUAUGCUGAUGUUCCCUUGAACAAUAUGUUUGGAUAUGCAACGGAAUUGAGGUCUUCCACAGAGGGAAAAGGUGAAUUCACAAUGGAAUACAGUCGAUACGAGCCCUGCUCACCCAAUACACAGGAAGAAUUAAUUAACAAAUACCUAGAAGCAACGGGACAACUUCCUGCAAAAAAAGGCAAGGCCAAGAGCUGAUUUGCCUCUGGGAGAGGUUAUUGCAAGGAUCCAAUAGCAAAAUUUGGCUGCUACUGGUUUAAUGACACGAGAAAAAUCAAAGCAGGUGGCUGAAUUUCAUCCUGGAUUGAUAGUUUGACUUUAUUAAGUCACUGAGAGACACUUGCUGUGACGUAAUCACUGUCUUAAUUUAACCAUGUAUCUUUUUGUUUCGAUUUAAAUGCUUUAUAUUAAAGUGAUGCUAACUGUA